AUGACGGACUCCGUCACAUUGGCGGACGCCGACACGGUGCGGUCGGCGGCGAGGUCGCGGCCCGUCUCGCGAGCAAGGUCGCGGACAUCUCGUCCCUCUUCGGCGUCGUCGACGCGCUCCACGCGCUCGACGCGCUCGAUGCUGGUGGAGGACGAUUUGUCCGGCUGCCUUGUGUCGAGCGAGGACGGGCUGACGAAAGCGGCCGUUCCGAAGCGGCCGCACGUGGAUGGACCGGGCCCUUCCGGGGCGGCGGGCAAGCCGUCCAAAAUCCCCUGCCCGUCGUCCGGGAACGGGGUAGUCCUGGUGGUGCCCGUGGGCCGGGCCACAGAGAGUCCGGCAACGUCGCCGAAGUCCCGGCGACAGGAAAAACGGAGGGACGACGGGGUGUUCGUCCGACCCUCGGAGGUUCCUGCGGCAAAGGGGAAGGUCCCCCAAAAGGACGACUCGCAGCCUGUGGCCGUCUUCAGGGCGGAGGCCCAGAGAAAGCUCGGGGCUGCCCUGGACACGGUGCACAGGUGCGGAAACUUAAAGGGGACCGACCAGAGGCAGCUGAAGGAGAGCAUCAGCUCCGUGAUGUUGAUGGCGGAGGAACUGGACGGGAGUGCCGCCAUCAACAGCGAGUUCACCGCGGGCGCCGUCAAACGGCGAAUGUUGGAGGCGCAGGUGGAGGAGCUCCGUAAGGAGAACAAGGAGCUCCGAAGCCAGCUCCAGGCCCUCCAAGCCCAAAUGCGGCAACUCGCGGCGAACUCGGGGUCGCAACCUCCUCUGGCUGCUUCCCGCGCGCCGCAGGGGUCUCCGAGGGUAAGGGCACCUGGCCCGACCCCCGAGCCGGACGAAGUCGGGGCCUUCAGGGCGGAUAUCAUGAGGGCGACCGGGGAGCUAAUUGAUGCCCGUAUCGGUGCCCAAAUUGAGAAGGGCAUCCGUGAAAUCAAGGCUGCCCUGGGCAUCAGCUCCCCGGCGUCAACAAUCCGCCCUGAAUACCGCCCGCCGCUACAAAGCGAUGGGCGGUACGAGGUUUUGGCCCGCAUCCCUGGCGCGGGGGGUCCGGGGUUUAGGGAUGCCCCCCAUCUGCGUGGGGCACAAGCAGACUUCCCACCUUUGGGUGGUCAACCCGCUAGCCGGCAAACAUCCGGCAGCCAACAGCCGGGGCCGUCGGGCGCAGGGCGCGCGCAGGAUGGCUGGAAUACAGUGGUGAGACGGGGCGGCAAAAACCGCAGCGUCCCUGAGAGGCAGACCCAGAGUACCCAAAGUACUCAGAGGAGCUCUGGGGCUCCCUCUCAGGGGAAGAAGGGCAAACCGGCCCCGCCGUCGCCAUCCAAACUGCGCGCACCGCGCUCGGCGGCCGUAGUCGUGUCGCUCUGCCCGGAGGCGGAGGCUGCGGGUAUGACCUACUCGAAGGUCCUCAAGGAGGCGAAGGAGAAGAUCGACCUUGCCUCCUUGGGUAUUGGAAGUCUGCGCUUCAAGACCGCGGCUACUGGGGCCCGGAUCUUAGAGAUCCCGGGGUCCCAGACGGGAGACCAGGCUGACGCGCUCGCGUCCAAGUUUCGGGACGUCUUCCCGGACGGUACGGUUCGCGUCGCCAGGCCCACCAAAACGGCCGAGAUGAGGCUGAUGGGCCUGGACGACAGUACCGACCGGGAAGAGGUGGCGGCCGCCGUGGCACAACAUGGCGAGUGCACGGCGGACGCCGUCAAUGUCGGAGAAAUUCGGCGCGGCGCGUCGGGCCUGGGCACCUGCUGGGUGCGGGCCCCAUUAGCCGCGGUUAAGAAAGUGACGACGGCAGGGCGGAUUCGUAUCGGCUGGGUAUCAGCCGCUGCGGAACUGCUGCGGCAGAAGCCGCUCCGGUGCUUCAGGUGCCUGGAGAGCGGGCACGUGGUGGCGAGACACGAGCGGGAAAACGAACAAGAAGCGCCAUCUUUCUUUCCAUCGAUGGCGCGGGCGUAG